GUAGAUUUCUCUUAUCGGUCAUUAUCCUUACUUGAUAUAUUGUUCGUCUUAUUCAUUUGUUAUUUUGCUGGCUGCCGGGAUCGUCCUGCUGCGAUGGAGCCCUGCCACUCCUACGCCGGCUACGCAAUUAUAAGAACGAUCACCAACAGCACUUCGUGCUCAACUGUUCGGAAAGGUCCUGGGAGGGUCAGAUUGAGCGCCCGUCAGGCGCGUGCUUAUCACUUUGCAUGAUUCGCACACGAUGGAGCCUGGCGAAUAUCUCACAAACGUAUUAUCUUCUAAUGAAUUCGCGUCCAUAAAAUACGAGUACUUUGAGCUACAUAAUUUGUCGACCUGGAGCGCUAGAAGAAGCCUUCAGAGAGUGGAGGCAGUAUGGAGGCAAGAAGGCAAAUUGGCCUACUGUGAUCCGUACAGGGACGGUCUUUGGGUCUUUGAGCGGUCCUCAAAUCCCGCAUCUGAUUAUCAGGUCAAAGAAGGCGAACUGCUGAGCCCGGGGGUGGUCGAGGUGCAGGGAAUCGCGCUUGUGCAGAGAGACCGAGGAAUAUACGAACCUGCUAGUUUGGCAAGAAGCAAGUCAGCUAUUCCGAAUGCUGUCAAUACACCUACUAGCAGCGCAUCGCCUUCUUCGUCCCAGGACAAUGCGCUACGAAACACACAGGCUCUAAAUGCAAGGUCAACCCAGACCAACGCGCUUCUAAACGUGAAUCAAGAGCCACCAACUCCUUCUCCCGGCAUAAAAUCCGAGCGUACCCCAUCCCAAAAGGAUGUACACGAAUACUUUGUUUCGGCAGUUCUUGGCUCGGUAGCCUACUUGCUUGUUCGAGAAUCUGGUCUGGUUCCUCUGAAUUCGAGGACAUUGAUCUUAAAUGCUUCCAAAUCGUUGCGUCCGUCUCUCUUGAAGAGUGGGAAUACAUCGUGUAACACAAUUGAACUUGCUACCCUGGACGUCAGUCUGACAUCCCUUGGGAGUCUCGUGGUCAAAGCCAUCACUGAUCCUGCACCUGGCCUUCAAGCUUUGGUCAGUAGAUCCAGCUUACUGGACUGGGCGGAACAGGUGACUUCGGGUACAGCUUUAUGGCUAGCUCCGAGUGGUAUCGCUGCUAGGUUUCACAGCCUUCCUGAUGAAGACCGUCACCCCAGCACCUCCUCGAUCGCGCGACUUCAAGAUAGCCCAGGUACACAGAGAAACAGUGGCUUCAAUUCGCUGAGUGUCAAGUCCUGGCAGUCAAAGUGUCUAGAGUGGUUGUCAGUCAAGGGACUCGACCCUAUUUUACUAGAAGCUGGUGGUUGGGUCUUUGUACAGGUCCACGGAGGACAGUCUCCAUACUCUACCUCGGACUAUGAAAGUAAUCCAAUGCUAGAAGACCUGACAGUUGUGCCUUGGCCAGCUUUACUAUGUUUCCAGCCUUCGAACUCUCGAAACCUGGAUCAUGAAAGCCGCAAGGGUACAGACUCUGCUUCGCGUGAUCCUAUCUCGUUCUCAGAAGAAUGGUUUAAGGGUAGAGAUGAAAGAGCGUCUGUAUCUAAUAAGCGAUUAAAAGAGAGGCAGAUCGCGGAAGCACAAUCUAGUGAACAGGCGGCUGUCGAUGCUCGAGCGAUGCAGUCUCACCUCUACUCGCCGGUGGCGCUUAGAAGAGGGAGUAAUGCCGGAGCUAUGUACCCAACACCUCCAGAUGCUCCUCAUCAAAUCGUUGGGGCCACACCAACCUUUGACGGAACUGUGUCCACGCCUGGAAACCAACAUCCGAAUGCUCAGGUCGACACAGGACAGCCACCACAGACCUCAAACGAUGUCGACACUGAGAUGUGGAGCUCCGGAAAGAAAGAACAAGCACCAGCGACCACUCAUUACCACGAGCAUGAAGCUGAUAAUGACAACUUAUUUGGUGACUUGGGUGGAGAUCUUUUGUUUGGCAAUGAUAUUACUGACGCCGACUUUAGCUUCUUUGAUCAACCUGAUGAAGUGGGUUUUGAUCAGAAGCAAGCAUCUCCAACGCCAGUCGGGCCACCAGUCUCGAAAGAAAACAUACCAUCAGAUACUGGACUCGUUGGAGACAACUCGCAUGCUGAGCUCUCUCCAAAGCCCGAUCUCUCCGAACCCGAACCAAGUCCCGCUGCAGUAGAGAGUAACCAAAUCGAUUCGAUCAUGGAGAAUGCGGAUGGAGCCUUCAUUCCAGAUACCCCGAAAGAUGCACGCAUCGACACCUCCACCAAGCUGCCUUCCUCAACAGCCAACGCUCCAUUCGAUAAGGAAGCUGUGUUCAAGCUUCUUGUUAAAGCACAUAGUGAUGAUCAAGCCCACGGUCAGCCUAGAAGAACGAGUCAAUUCAACAAAAUUGACUUCGAAACCUCGCUACAGGCUGUCAACGAGAAAUAUGAUAGCAAUGGGCUAUUCAGUUUCAAGCUUCCAAAGAGUCGACCACAUGAAGACUUCUCUCAAUUACCACAAACAAAGUAUCUCAACGGGAGACGCAAGACUCAAGACCGUACCUCGGAGAUGGGGCACAUUGCGCGGAUACUGAUGGAAAGGAGCUCAUUAAACCAACCAGCUACGGAUGAACCCAUGGAUUAUCUGGUGGAUACCAAUUUCGCAAGCCCUAUAUCCGAGCAGGAUGAUAGCAGCCAUACUACAGACAAUCCUACCCUCCCACAGAGAGUCGGUAUGAAACGGAAGUGGGAAGAAAGCAAUGGAGAUGAGAUAACAUCGUCAUUCGAUGCCUUGGCAAUGGACUUGGAACGUUCCGUGAGCACGCCUCAGUCUGCAACCGGGUCUCAACUGCCUCUGCUGGAUGCCGAUCCUGCAGAUUGGUCAUUGACAACUUAUUUCACGUCAGUUGAACCUGAUGUACAGUCAACCAUACUUUCAGACCAUGAGCGGAUAGCAACUGCACAAAUUCUUGCUGAUCAAGCAGUGUCAGCUACACUCAAGUUUCCUGGGGUUCCUGGCAGUGAGCUUGUCCAACAUAAGGCUUCAAGCACCAGAAAGCUCAUACAAAAAUUGGUUAAGACCACAAAGUGCUGUCUGAAGGAGAUCAAUCCAUGCACGAUGCGCGCAUUGAUAGACAUUCAAGGGAUACCAGUCCUCAGUCAAGGCCUUCGACUCGCCCAGCGACCGAUGCCAAACCCGCGAGGGCCAAAUAACGUAGAUGGAACAAGGUCAAAUAACCCGUUUGCAAUCCCUCCUCCACAGCUUGAAAUACGAAGAUCAGAUUCAAAGCUCUCAAUCCUCCCGGCUGCUAUAUCAUUCUGGGAGAAUUUGGGUUUAGGACCAGCAAAAGGUGCGAAGGAUGUCAGUGCUGUAUGCAUCUGGCCGAGUUUCAGUGGAGUUCAAGCGAAUGCAAAUACAUUUCUGGACCAGAUGAGAAGUAUCUAUGAGUCUUCUCGGCUUGGAAACCACGACAGACUUGUCACGAAAGAUCUUCAUAAUGGUCUGCUGCCAUUCGCCGUUGAUUUGCAGCAGCAAAACAGGGUGCAACAAAUGGCAUCACUUAGGGACAUGACCGGCAAAUUGAGCAAGGUGUUGUCUGCGCUUGCAGUUGAAGAAAAGAAUCUCGUCGUGUAUUUUGUAUACCCUCCGGACAACAAUGCGCUUCUGGUACAAAUAUGCUCUGCCUUUCAACACCUUUUUAAUCUGUACAGGAAAUCUCUGUCCGAAAAGAAAAUCAACGUCAGCAACGAGCUUGUCCUGCAGCUAAUUCCACUUGACUUUAUUUCGUCCUCGACAUCAAUUGCGGUGCCUUUACCCUCCCAAUACUUCCGUCUCGCAUUAGAAGUCUACGAUCGAUGCGUUGAUUUUGCCUCGUCCUCGUCAUCACCAGCAAUCAUGCUUGAACAGCCACUUCCAAGGAACAUUGAUUUCAAACUGAAUGCCAAUCCCUCCGCAUCACUGCUGCAAGAAAAUACCUGCCUGCAUGUUGCCUAUGCACAGAGUAUUGACGAUCGAUGGAUCACUGCUGCUUGGACAGAUAAUCGAGGUACUCAACAGAUGACAGCCUCAUAUUGUCUGGGUCGGAAGAAUGAGCCAAUAUCAACAGCCUUCUCUGUGAUCGCUCAUGAAAUAUGGGAGACGACUCUGGAUUUCAUUUCCAGCAAGAAGAUUCAUUGGCGUAUAAUGAUAGCCCGAGUAGGAGUUAUGGAUCCAUCCGAGAUAGACUUCUGGACAGGACUUGCUGCGACAGAGUCAGACGCACAGAUUAGUAUAACACUCAUCACAGUCCAGACAGAUCCAUCGUUGCGUCUCCUUCCUGCACCUGUUACUAUUGGCCCGAACGGGAAUUCCACGAAUUCAAAUGUCACUCCAGUAUCAACACCUCAAGCGUUUCAACCCUCCGUGGUAUCGCCAGAUAAUGCUCCGACACCGGUACGCGAGAAUACUUAUUCUGCCGCGGCUGUUGAGGGUCAACCCGAACCAGACAGCGAUGCUCGACUCAUAGACUAUACCGAUCAGAAUUGGGGAAUAGUGUUAUCGCACCGAUUGAAUAAUUCCAACUCUUUGAUGGAACUCAAUCUUGCACUCAUCAGUGGAUACCUUGUCAAACGUGGUGGAACGAAUAGUGACGACCCUCCGAUUGUGAUGGAAGUUAAUGUUGUACAUAGUGAAGUUUUGGGAAACCCCCGAACAUUCCACGAGUCUCUUCUUAGAGAAAUAUUAGGUUAUUACAGGGGCUUGGGAACUCUAGCCCGAGUCCGGGGCAUGGUCGAUGCAGUCAGGGACGUUAGGCCCUGGCAUAUUGCUGCUGCUGAGAAGGCUGUCAAAGCAUUAUAUAUGUUAAUGUGA